AGCACUAUGAUCCUUAUCCAAGACGUUAAGGUGCCUCGAUGUGUGGCCAACAAACUUGGCUUUAUUCGCACUGAGCUUCAAGUUAUUUUAUUUUUAUCUUUCUGAAUCUAUGACAUCAGAGAAAGUAAAACCAGAUCGGACACCCACUGAACACUAGUGUCUGAAUACACUGCUGCGGUUGUGCCAGCAGAUUACUGAGGUGGUGUCUCUGAAGUAAAGUGGAGUAAGGUGAGAAGCAGGAAGCAGGUCGCCAGAGGACUUUAACCUCCCAGUAUGGAGUGGCACUUGGGUCAACGGGUCAAAGACACAUCUGUUAAAAGAGACGUGGGUGGCGAAUGAUGGAGAAAGCAUGUCCACUUCUGUCUCCCGCUUGGUUCCCUCUGACUCUGACACUCUUUCAGCCGAUCCCCACAAAAGCGAGAUUUGCAGAACAGGCAGCGCAACUUAAAGACAAAGUAUGAGGCAAACGCUGUGACUCUCUUGUCUUCAGUAAAGGCUUUUUAUCAGCUUCUGCAUGCUCCUUUGUUUUAUGGAGAUCCUGUAGAAAAAAAGCAGACCAGACAAAUCCAGCCAAACACGUAGGCAAGGAAGGGGAGCAUGUGCUGUCUGGAUUGUGCAAUGCGAACAAGUGAAAGUGCACAGCACAGUGUCACUGUGCCCUUGGCCCAUAGCUCGGGCUCCACACAAGACACGGCGUUGCAGGAAACAAAAAAACAGAAGGGAGAGAGAAAGUUUCCUUAAACUGGCUAUUCUGAGUGGGUGUUUUGGGGGCGGGAGAGUGGCAAAAGGGAAGGGGUGCGUUCUAUAUCCCCAACCCUCUCAAAUCCUCUAAUCAUACUUUCAAUGUAUCUCAGGACAAGUAUCAGGAGAAGGAGUGACUGGACCGGUUAGCAGUCUUACACCUGCCUGGAGUAACGCAGAAACCCUCCAGCCCAUGGAGGUGACGUCAGCGAUGCCGGCCCACUCCGGCAACCAGACUGGGGGGAACGGCUCGUGGCCGGACUGCUCCAGGGAAGACGUGCUGAAGACCACCGUGUUCCCCGUCCUGUACUCCCUGCUCUUCCUGGUGGGGGUGCCUCUCAACGGGCUGGCGGCCUGGGUCUUCCUCAGUAUCCCCAGCUGCUCCCACUUCAUCAUCUACCUCAAGAACAUCGUGAUAGCGGAUGUGAUCAUGACCCUCACCUUCCCCUUCAAGAUCCUGGCUGACUCGAACCUGGCGCCGAUGGGCAUGCGGGUCUUCGUCUGCCGCGUCUCUUCCGUGCUUUUCUACCUCACCAUGUACAUCAGCAUCCUCUUCUUCGGCUUGAUCAGCAUCGACCGCUGCAGGAAGACGCUGAGGCCGUUUGCGGGCGCCAGCCCCCGGCGUCUGGGCCGCAGGAAGCUGCUCUCGGCUGCCGUCUGGGCCUUCCUACUCGCACUCUCGCUCCCCAACGCCAUCCUGAGCAGCCGCCCGCCGGCCUCCGACCACUUCGACUGCAGCAGCCUGAAGACACCGCUGGGCCUACGUUGGCACGAGGGAGUCAACUACAUCUGCCAGGUGAUCUUCUGGGGCAACCUGGGCGUAGUGGUGGUGUGUUACACCCUCAUCACCAAGGAGCUGUACAGCUCCUACGUCCGCACCCGAGGUCAGACGGGGGGGACGGAGUGCGGCGCGGCCCCCCUGCGGCGGCGGGCGAAGCAGCGGGUGCGGGCCAACGUGUUCCUGGUCCUGGCUGUGUUCUUCACCUGCUUCGUGCCCUUUCAUUUCGCCAGGGUGCCCUACACCAUGAGCCAGACGAGGAUGCGGCUCUUCGGCUGCCGGCACCGGCUGCUUUUCUUCAGGGUGAAAGAAAGCACGCUGUGGCUCUCCGCCCUCAACGCACUGCUCGACCCGCUCAUCUACUUUUUCCUCUGCAAGUCCUUCCGGGACUCCCUGUGCGACACCCUGCGGCUUUCGCCCGGGAGGUGUCGCGUGCUUCAGGUCAGCACGAGCGCUACCAUAGGAGGUGACACCACAGGAAACUUGGCACUGUAACAGACAAGGGAGAACUUGCCGAGAACUUUCUCCUCAUAGAGGUAGUCUUAUAACUGAAGGAACAUGGAAGGGUACCAGAAAGAUGGUCCCAGUGGUGACAGGGUUAUAUGGGGUUGUAACCCCACUGACAGCCCACUGAAGGGAAUUUUAUAUAAAUGUAUAAAAGACACAAUAUCCAGAUGUAAGUGAAAUUUAAGGUAUAUUUCUGCACUAUAUAUUUUCCCCAUAUGCAAUUUAUGUAAAAUAUCUGAUAUGUAAUCAUUGUAGAAGGUAAAUGCGAUAAUUUGGCUGGAUCUGAUUUGGACUGUCUAGUGCUAGGCAUCCUUCCUAAUAAGUUCCUCAUUACUAAUGGCUGCUUAAUAAUUACCAAUUGCAGUUAGUCCUUCUGUCCAGUGAAAUGUCAUUACAGCUGUUGUGUAUCUGUAGAAAUAAAAUAUACCCGUUUUGCUGUUA